AUGCGUAGUCCUGUCGUCACCUUCUCUCUCUUUGCUGCUGCUGCGUUCACGGUGACGGGAGCAAGUACUCCAGUGGGGAAUGCCAACUCGCUGUCCGCUAACUCAGGUGCUUCGGACGCCCGUGGCAGUCGCGUGUACCGCGACGUCCAGGACUCCGGCCGGGAUCUUGGUCUGGGUGUCUCAGACCACGGCUUAUCCAACCCCGAUCUCGAAGUAGGCGAGGACCACCUUGGCAGGCGAGGUGUAUCAAGAGGCUACGAGAGGCCUGACGACCAACACCCGAGACCGGAAAGGCCCGCGCGACCGCCUGCGCCUCAGCUGGGGAACAACUACAGCGGAACGUGCGACGGUUCGAGCGCGUCAGGCGACAGUGCCAAUAACGUGGACGGCUCUAACGCAGGAUACAGCAUCGUCACCACCGGUAGUUUGUCGGGCGGGGUCUCGUGCACGGAGAAUGCUGUAGGUGCUUCAGCGGACAGUAGCGACCCCAAUUCCGGUGCGGCGCCCGCAUUCGGUGCGCCGGAGGCUGCCAUUGCAUUGAAAGAACCCAACGUCGCGGAUGUUUUCGACAACGCCAAUACUUCCGCGGACACCGCCUCUCCUGCGGGCAGGGUCGCUGAGAGUGCUGGAGCCCCGCCAACCUUUGGGUCCUACUAUGCCACAAAGCCAGCUAAAAGGACGUUCGGGUUACCUGGAAUUCAAGCACGUCCGAAGCCAGCGUUGCGUCGGAGAAACGGCAUCACCGGUUCGCUCUCUGGGCUCGACCAGCGCGUGCCCGGUCAGCGGCCCGCCCCGAGCGCAGACGACGCUUCUCCGCAGACGGGCGAUAACGAGAACGAGGACAUCACCAGUUUUGCUGACGCCGUCGGGGCGGCCGGGAGCGCACCGCCCGGGGACAACGCCGUCUUCCAGGACGCCGAUUCCAAUCAAGACGGCGCUCCCGGGCAGAGCAUUCAGGGCGCUGGGAUCCCGGGUAUAGGCGACGGACAGAACCCGGGCGGCGAAGCGAAUCCUGGGGCGCCAGGCUCGGCGAACGGCGGCACGGUAUCGAACUCUGGAAACGUGAACAACGACGUGGAGUCGAACACUCCCGGCGUUGGCGGGCUCUCCAGGACCGGUGUCGCCGCUGUGUGA